AUGAUGGUAGAACAAGUCGUAGAUUUUUCACUAGCUCAAAAACUCGGAUUUCAAGAAGCCUACAUGGAAGUUUUUAAUUGCAACGAUAAGAACACAGCUUUAUCUAAGUUACACGGAUGUGAAUGGCAUUUCCUGCAGGCCGUUACACGUAUUAAGAAGAAUCAUAAGAUUGUCAAGUUAAAACAGGUGGGCAUGUGGGAGAAGAAAUGCAAAAACUUACUUCUUCCUGACGGACCUGGUGUAGACGACCUUGACACCCGAUUUGAGGAAUUGCGGCGAUUAUUCCCACUGGCCAAGAAAUGGAUCGAAUGGUGGAGUGCAGCAGACAUCCAAUCCAUGCUUUUCCCUGCCCGAAAACAAAAACCUCUCGAUGAUCCACCCUUGCCUGGCGAAGAAAGUGAUGACGAAUCUGAUGGACCUCGAAGACGGGUGGAUUUACCUUCAACCACGAAUGGACAGGAAUCCAUGCAUCGUGUCUAUUAUAUUUUGUGUGAUGGUAAAUGCGAGAUUAUACCGGGUAUAAUCCAACUGAUUGCCUUUGCUCAGUGUAUGGAAAAGGACUAUCAUUUGGUGAAGAAAGGUGUUUCCAUUACUUAUGGAAACACUUCGCAAGACACCUGGCAACAAGUUGUCAAAGCCAUUGGGAUGGCACCACCCACGAAACGGAAAUUCACUCGUAAUGAUGGACGUGCCCCUGACACUACAGAAGAGCUCCUGGGAAACAAAUCAAAAAAAAAGGAUCAACCAAAGAAACUCGGUCGUCCCAUUGGCUCUCAGAACAUCAAUAGAAACCCACUUACUACGUAUCAAUCUUAUUCUUCUGGCAAUACACCUGGAACUCGAAAUAGAUGUUGGCAAACAGCAACACUUGAGACACUAUAUGCAAUCUUCAACCCUACUUGGAGUCGAUAUUUAACAGUUAACAGCACCAACUUAGUGAAUGUGCUUGCAAGGCAUUUCACCGCGCGAUGCACCUUUGAAAUCACUGGAUUAAAGUUUGCCACCAGUAUGACAAGGUGGCAAACUUUGUUACAUAAAGCAAUUCAAGCAACAUCGAAAUCUUACGAGGACGACAAAUUCGCAUCCGCUGACGGGUUCAUUGAGCAAUUACUAGCCCCAGUAAACGACAGAAAAUCGACUCUCAGGCCCCUUUUUGAACACACAAUGAUCAAGACUGUGGCGUGUCUUCGUAAUCCGGAGCAUACGACCAUCAAUUCUCAACGUCGAGCAACCCUUCAUGUCAUUCCAUCCACCUUUACCAAUGCCUCAUUAUCUUAUUCUGAUGUACCCCUAUUGAUUUCGAGAUGGAUGUCCGAUGGUCUCAGCACGGAAGGCGUAUUAUGCGGUCAAUGCCAUCCUGAAAAGAACCGUAAGGCCGGUGUCAGCGUCAAAAAUCCUUCCUUUGUUCAAAAUAUCUUCAAGAUCGAAAUCACGGACCCUCUUAAGGCCCCGCUCCAUCUUUACUUUCAAGUUGACGGCAUUGUAGGUUUGAGUCCUACAGAGCGCGAACGCUACCAAGGAGAAACCAACUGGCCAGCUCGAUUUAAGGCGGGUACAGUUGAUUACUUUUUGGUUUCGCGUGGUUACUGGGCAAAUUACCAUUACUGGGCAAGAGUGGUUUGCUCAAUCGACGGAAUACUUGGUGUAUGGCUUUAUGACGAACGGGAAAAUGGAGGGAUAGCCCAGCUGGAAGGUGCCGAUAUUACCAGCAUAGGAGGAUGUUCUCCGGACACCAGCUGGUUGUUCUACUCGCGGAAGCCACAGGGAGAGGAAUUAGACCAAAUCAAGGCUUCUAUACGUCAUCUUUUGGACAGCUUUCCUGAAAAUACCUCCAAGAUUCCCUUCUCCAUUCCAAGUCAAAAUUUCCCAUUUGGAGGCCAGCUCACCGAAGACAACGAAAGGCUUCCAUCGCCUGAACUCCACAAUACCAAUCUUGACAUUGAUCUCAACCAGACGUCACUAAUCCACUUGGAAGCUGGUAUGUUUUCCGAGGAGGAAGAUGUCACCGUAGUCCCUCAAGACACUGAUCCGACGACGAAGAUUUCAACGACGAAGAUAUCAGUUAUCGGAAAGAUUCGUAAGGCCAAAUCCGAAGUUGCUGUUAAGGGUAACAAGCAGGUGACAAAGGUGACCAAAUCUAAAUCCCAAGUAGCAAGCAAGGGUGCCAAAGACGUGACAAAAGCGAAGACAGGUAUGUCAUCUAUAUUAAAAAAAACGACGUCUUGA